AUGUUGAAUUUUCAAGCUAGUAUGUUGAAUUUUCAAUUUAGUAUGUUGAAUUUUGAAGUUAGUAUGUUGAAUUUUCAAGCUAGUAUGUUGAAUUUUCAAGUUAGUAUCUUGAAUUUUCAAGUUAGUAUCUUGAAUUUUCAACGUAUUAGGGCCAAUCAUUUUUUUUUUUUGAAUUUUCAAGUUAGUAUGUUGAAUUUCCAAGUUAGUAUGUUGAAUUUUCAAGUUACUAACUUGAAAAUUCAACAUACUAACUUGAAAAUUCAAAAAAAAAAAAAAAAAAACCUUUUUACUAUGUUGAAUUUUCAAGUUAGUAACAUGAAUUUUCAAGUUAGUAACAUGAAUUUUCAAGUUAGUAACAUGAAUUUUCAAGUUAGUAACUUGAAUUUUCAAGUUAGUAUCUUGAAUUUUCAAGGUAGUAUGUUGAAUUUUCAAGUUAGUAUCUUGAAUUUUCAAGUUAGUAACUAA